AUGGCACCACCAAGCAAGCUCCGCAUUGGCUUCAUCCCCGAGCACUUCAGCACUCCCCUCCACUUCGCUCAGAAGCACUAUGGCCUCGAAGCCGAGCUCAUUCCAUUCCCGACUGGUACCGGAGCUCUGGUCUCGGGCCUCAAGUCUUCCGAUCCAAACACACCCCAGAUCGACGUCGCCAUCGGUCUCACAGAAGGUUUCGUGGCGGACCUCGGAAAAGCCAAGGCUGCCGGUGACAAGCCCGGCUAUGGACUCGUUGGAACCUACGUCGACAGCCCACUAUGCUGGGCCAUCUCAACUGGAGCCAAGCGGGACAACAUCAAGUCUGUGGAAGACCUCAAGAACAGUCGUGUAGGCGUCAGCCGCAUCGGAAGUGGAAGUUACGUCAUGUCCUUCGUGCUUGCCGACAAGCAUGGUUGGCUCGACACCUCCAGCAGCAAGGACCCAUUCGAAGUCAUUCCCAUCGGCGACUUCAAAGCUCUACGCGAUGCAGUCAACGGCGACAAGGCCGAGUUCUUCAUGUGGGAGCAUUUCACCACCAAGCACUUCUGGGAUAUUGGUGAGAUCAAGCGAAUUGGCGAGAUCUACACGCCUUGGCCAAGUUGGAUGGUGACUGCGAAGGAAGGACACGAGGAAGCGGUGAGGGACCUAACGGCGAAGCUGGAUCUGGGUGUGAAGCAUUAUCUGGAGCAUCCCGAGGAGGCGGUUGACCACAUCACAAGUACGAUGCAGUAUUCGAAGGAGGAUGCGCGGGAGUGGAUGAAGACUGUCAAGUUCUCAGGGAAAGUGUCAGGAGUGGAAGCAAAGACCGUUGAUGACACUGUGGCUGUGCUGAGAAAGGCGGGCGUGCUAAAGGACGAUUCGGGUGGAAGUGAGCACAUGAUUCUGGUCAAGAAAGAUUAA